AUGUCCUCUAAACACAGCGCCGAAGCAGACACCGUCUCCGUGGAGGGCAAUAUCUUAAAAUGGACUUCCGGGGCCGAUGAAGGCCAGGUGGAACUGGAUUACAUCGUUUGCGUGGUAUCCAGUCCAAACACAGGACUCCAGGGCCAGGGCCAUCGGAUUUUAUUUCUCAAAAGCAAAGAAGAUCAAACUCAAGACCAAGACCAGGAGAAUACCCCCAUGCACCUGGGCAAAAUCGAUAUAUCGACUCCUCUCCCACCAGCCCUGGCACCAUUCCAGACCGAGAUCCCCUCCCACCUCAAGAGUCAACAAAGUGCAGAGCCCAUCCAAGUGGUAAUAUCAACAAAAUCCGGCACCGGCACCGCAAAGUCCAUCUUCAACGACCUCGUCCAACCUUUGCUAGAAGGACUAGGUCUUACCUACCAAUCCCAUGAAACGCAGUCAGCGCAGUCUAUCAUCUCGUUAUCCGAGAAGCAAAGCGACAACUUGAAAGAAAGUACGGCGAAUGGUGGUGUCCAGCGAAUGGCGGUACCUAAUAUCGCCUUGAUCCCUUGUGGAACUGGGAAUGCGAUGGCAAGUUCUAUCGGACUACGAUCAGGUCCGGCUUCGAGUUUGAAGGCCUUACUUAAGGGAAAGCCGGUGUCGCUUCCGGUAUUUGCGGCGAGGGUUUCGCCGGGGAGUAUGAUUAUUACGGAGGAGGGGAGUGGGCGGGCGUCUAUUCCUACUGCGCCUGCGCCUAUUGAUACCAAUGUCUCCGAUGCUGGCGCUGGCAAUGUUUCGCAGCAAGUCAUGUAUGGCGCCGUCGUCGCGAGUUGGGGUCUCCACGCCGCACUAGUGGCAGACAGUGACACGACAGCGUAUCGAAAGUUCGGAUCAGAGCGGUUCAAGAUGGCGGCGCAGGAACUUUUACAUCCAUCAGAUGGGUCUGAGUCUCACCGGUUCCGGGGGAGGAUUACUAUCACGACUCGGACAGAUUCGUCCGAGUCUACUAACGGUAUUCAGCUCCGGCAGAGAAUAUUGUCAGACCAAGAGCACAUGUAUGUGCUAGCAACGCUAGUGCCUAGACUGGAGAAGGAGUUUCUUAUAUCGCCUGACUCGGAGGCUCUUGGUGGGAAGAUGCAAUUCCUGCGCUUUGGUCCUAUGGCUCCGGAAGAUGCUAUGCGACUUAUGACGUUGGCUUAUCAGGGUGGUCAGCAUGUUCGUGAGGAGUCUGUUAUGUAUCAGCAGGUUGAAAGGGUACGAAUUGAUUUUCAUGAGGAUGAGGAGAGAUGGAGGAGGUUAUGUAUUGAUGGGAAGAUUGUUGCUGUUGAGAAAGAUGGGUGGAUGGAGCUUUCUUCGCAAACUCCCGAUCAAGGAGCGAUCCCCACCCGCGCUGAAAGCGCAUCCCGCUACCAAACACUCACGGGUUGGCGCCAGACUCCCACAGAGGAUAUCUCGGGUUCCGAGAUGCUGUUGGCUCAUCAGACUGGCAGUGUGCGCGUAGGAGAAAUCGCCAGAUACACCUUCACAUAUACACCAGCAUCAGACCCAAUCCUCCCCAUCCCAUCCGACAUUUACGUGCGGGUGAAAAAUACCUCCGCAAUCCCCCUCCGAGCCGCAUAUCUCCAUGGCCCAUACACCCUCUACACAGCCUGCUACCCAUCCAAAUUCGACCCGAAUUCCAAAUACACCGAGCAAGACUUCGAGGGAAGCCCUCAAUUCGAACCAUACCUGAAAGCCGGAGGAAAUUGGGAUGCAACGAUUAAGAUCCCGGCACAUUUCGGAGAUUCACAUGCUCUCUCCGUAGGCCAGACUGCGCCUGGACAAGAUGACAGUGUAACCUGGGUGAUCGAGAUCGUGUCGCAGGUCAUAUUCUCAAACAGCGCUGUAGUCCACUUUGAUCUUUUGAUCGGACGAGAUGCAAAAUCCAUGGAGUUCUUUUCUAGUAGUGGGUCGUCCACGGCGAGUCUUGGUCCUCCGGGUAAAUUCAAUGAGUUAUGGGGACCAGGAACGAGGGGCCAACAGAUGAUUGCUACAAAGGGGAUAUUUUCACAGGCUGUUACGCUUCGCGUCGAUGAUACGGCUAGUCUUUGGAAUAGUCCCCCGCUGCCGUCGGUGCCGUCACAGCCUACCGAGGCGGAAACAGAUGAAGUUGGUGAUAUUACGUCUAAUCUGGAGCAACUGGAAGUGACUGCUCCCGAAACCUCAAAGCCUGCCUCAAAGCCUGCCUCAAAACCACCGAAAAAGAAGAUCCAUCUGGUGGUACUGACGCAUGGCUUGCAUAGCAAUCUCGGCGCCGACAUGCUAUAUCUCAAGGAAAGCAUUGACGCCGCCAUGAACAAAUCCCAGCAACAAAAGCAAAAAGACACAGGUGUCUCCGAGGGAGACGCCGAACAAGUCAUUGUCAGGGGAUUUUCCGGCAAUGCCGUCCGUACCGAGCGUGGAAUCCAAUAUCUCGGAAAACGUCUGGCAAAAUACAUCUUGCUCAUGACAUAUCCAGACCAGCCAUACUUCCCACUGAAGGGAUCAAAGACGAAACCAUUUUUCAGCACACGCAAAGACCAGACACAAGCCAAGCCUUCCCUGGAGCCUCACUCACUGCCCGAAACCCGAGAUGAUUCUUUAUACGGCGAAGACCACGCCUAUCAAAUCACCAGCAUCAGUUUCGUCGGACAUUCACUCGGUGGUCUGAUCCAAACAUACGCAAUCGCAUACAUUCAAAAACACUCACCUGAAUUCUUCACCCGAAUUCAACCGAUCAACUUCAUCGCCCUCGCAACGCCAUUUCUUGGCCUCAGUAAUGAAAAUCCGAUGUAUGUCCGCUUCGCACUGGAUCUAGGCCUUGUAGGCCGAACAGGACAAGACCUCGGACUCAGCUGGACAGCGCCUAAAGUGCGAAGUGGAUGGGGUGCGAUAAUUGGUGGUCGAGGUUCGGACGCAGGAAAAGAUCAAAGCCAACCAUCUGACCCAGGCGCCAAACCGCUAUUGCGUAUCUUGCCUUGUGGACCUGCGCAUGAGGUAUUGAAGAAAUUUCACCAUCGAACGCUUUAUUCGAAUGUUGUCAAUGAUGGAAUUGUUCCGCUGCGAACUUCUUGCCUUCUCUUCCUUGAUUGGCGGGGUCUUGAUCGGGUUGAGAAGGCCAGGAGAGGGAAUGGUAUAGUGGGGACUAUGGCUGAAUGGGGCUGGGCCGAAUUGACAGGGGCGAAUUCGAAAUCGUCGCCUAAAUUGGCACGAUCGGCUGAAAUGCCGGAGCUAGCUGGUGGGGAUGGGGCUUCGGCGCUACAAGGCCGUGAAGCAAUUGCUGUGAAUAGUGAGAAUUCGGCACCGAGUGCUGAACAAUUCCUCGUGCAACACAGACCUCCUUCACAUCAUAGCAGUGCCCAUGACUCUGCAUCUGCAUCUGCAUCUGCACACACCUCCGAGAAUAACUCCGGUCCCUUGAGCAGUUUCCUCUCUUUAUUCCGGACCAAAGAUACAAAGUCAACCCCAAACGUCAAACACAGCACCCCAAGCGGCAAACAUGCGAAGAUCUACAAACGAAGCCAGACCCUCGGAUCCUUCGACACUGAAGAGUCGCCAUCUCCAUCAGCUGUCCGAGGCAACUCCCUCUACGAAGAAGACGCCGGAGUCUACACACCACCGAAAACAACAUUCUUCGAAUCUGCAGGAGAUUUGCUCAUGCCACCAUUACCUCCGAGCGAAUUUAUCCUGAGACCCCGCCGCACGGUCUCGAACUAUUUUCCACGAUCUUCAAAAACGGUUCCUCCCUCAUCAUCCAGUUUAGGCACACCAAGCCAGCAGCAGCAGCAGCAGCAACCUCAGACCGGCGAGAGUGGUCUCAAAGUCGAAGAAAAGAUCGCCCGAGCUUAUCAUCGUGAUCUAACCUGGCGCAAGGUCCUAGUUCGUCUGGAACCAGAUGCUCAUAAUAAUAUUAUUGUGCGGCGCAUGUUCACUAAUGCGUAUGGAUGGCCUGUUGUGAAACACCUCGUUGACACGCACUUUGGUCCCGCUUCUAUAUCUGAAGACGAUACGCUUAAUCGGGAUUCUGAUCGGGCUAAGUCUCUGAACGUGGGACCGACGAGUUCGGGGGAUGAAGUUGAAGGGCAGUGUGAUAAGAGUAAGACCAGCACCAAGGCCAAGACUGGCGAAAGGGAUUCUGCGGGUACGCCCCUCCAGGCAGUGACAGAGACAGAGACACACCAAGGGGAAACUCAAGGCAACAACCAGGGUGACGACCUCACGCCAACAUGCGAACGAUGCGAGAGCGAGGCCCUCCAAGGCCCGGGCCCGGCGGGGAAUGGUAAUGAUUUCGAUACCUCGUCUCAUAAAACGGCCAGCACCCAUGGACACGGACACGGACAUGAACGUGCACACUCGCAUUAUACGGAUGUAUCCCGCCAGGACUCGGCGCGUUGGACGGAUCGGCAGGUCGACGAGGAUGAUGAUUGUGAAUCUGGCUUGGAUGAGGAUGAUGAGGAUGCGGGUUAUCGCUGGUCUCCGGCUCUUCGGCCAGCGUAG